UUCCGGGUGUCGCUGUCUUUUCGGUAUUGAAAAAGAUGUUGAAUAGUACUGACUGGAGGAUUAACAGAUGAGUACAGGUUAAUGUUUUUUAACAUUUACAGGUUAAUGUUUUCUUUAUCUCCCAAAAUAAUACGUGUCUUCACGUUUCGCUGAUCGGUACAUCUUUCCUUUGUGAAGAUUGCCUCCCCCGCGCAUUUUCGAGAGUAUUUAAACCCUCAAACAUGGCGUCUCAAUACUAUUUGGAAAUGCAGGAGAGUUUCAAAAAUAACAACAAAAGUCGUGAAUUCCCGGCUCACAGCGCUAAGGUUCAUUCGGUAGCUUGGAGCUGCGAUGGGAGAAGGUUGGCAUCUGGAUCAUUUGACAAAACUGCAAGUGUGUUUGUUCUUGAAAAAGAUCGAUUGGUGAAGGAAAACAACUACCGCGGCCACGGGGACAGUGUCGAUCAGCUGUGCUGGCACCCAACAAACCCCGAUCUUUUUGUUACUGCGUCGGGGGAUAAGACCAUCCGCAUCUGGGAUGUCCGCACAACAAAAUGCAUUGCGACUGUAAACACAAAAGGGGAGAACAUAAAUAUAUGCUGGAGUCCAGACGGACAGACCAUCGCAGUCGGGAACAAGGAUGACGUGGUUACUUUCAUCGAUGCCAAAACGCACCGGUCACGAGCGGAGGAGCAAUUCAAGUUUGAAGUGAACGAGAUCUCCUGGAACAACGACAACGAUAUGUUUUUCCUGACCAAUGGGAACGGUUGCAUCAACAUCCUCAGUUAUCCAGAACUGAAACCGAUCCAGUCCAUCAAUGCCCACCCUUCUAACUGCAUCUGCAUCAAGUUUGAUCCCACAGGGAAGUACUUUGCCACAGGUAGUGCGGAUGCCCUGGUCAGCCUAUGGGACGUAGAAGAACUGGUGUGUGUGCGGUGUUUCUCCAGGUUAGACUGGCCAGUCCGGACACUGAGUUUUAGCCAUGACGGCAAAAUGCUGGCAUCAGCAUCCGAGGAUCAUUUCAUUGACAUUGCAGAGGUUGAGACGGGAGAGAAACUGUGGGAGGUGCAGUGCGAGUCGCCCACUUUCACUGUGGCCUGGCAUCCUAAGAGACCCUUGCUGGCAUACGCGUGCGAUGACAAGGACGGAAAGUACGACAGCAACCGGGAGGCGGGCACUGUCAAGCUGUUUGGUCUGCCCAAUGAUUCCUGAGAGGUGUGGUCUCCACUUUUGUUGGUCUCCAGGAACACUCGGUGUCUGUUCUUUUAUUGGAUAAUCAGGACUCUUUGUGUGGCCUUAACCUUGUGACUCAAGCCAAUGCAGAUCUUGCAGCGCCCUAAGCCAUACUCCCACGUAGUCAAGGAAGCAUAGCUGAAUGUGGUCCAGUUUAUACAUAGACGUGGGUGAGCGUUCCUGUUCAGCGAAGCUACAGAUUUGCUUCCUUUCAAUGUAGAUAUGGCUGUGGUUUCUUUGUUUGUUAGCUCCUUUAAUUAAAUUGAAAUAAUUAAAAUAUAAUUGGUGUUGUUGCUGGAGAACAGUUAACCUGUUUUUUAUUAAGGCAUGUGUUUCAGUAUUUCAAUUGUCUGUUGAAACACGGGGGUGAUAUGUUUUUAAUAUAUGUCAUUGACAUUGCUGAAAUGAAGAGGGAUAUGGGUAAAACCAAGAAUUUGAAACUGUAUCCAGUUUGAAGUGGAAAAAGAAGGCUUUGACUGUCCCCAGCUUCAAAGAACAAGUCUGAGUUUGUGUAUGCAUUCCUGCAUAAUUUUGCAUAUGGUUAAAUCCUCAAAAGAAUGUAAGGACCAACAGAGGUUGACAUCAAAGGCAGUUAUUUGUUGUUACGGUAAUGCAAUGCAGUGUAAUUCAAGGCAUUACAUCUACAGGGAUGGGAAAAGGGUAGGAAGUUAUGACAAGGAUUUACUACUUCAACCAGCAGGGGGCCUUGUUACACCAUGACAGCACAUUAGCAAGUGUUAUCUCUGUACUGUAUAUAAUAAACUGUCAUUGUUUUUGGAAGUAAUGAGUGAUACAUUUUGUACUGUUUAUGUCAAUUGUAGGUGGAUUUUGUUAUUCAAUUAAAA